AUGCAAACUUCAAUUAUAUUUGUUUUAUUCUCUGCGCUUUCGCUCGCAAUGGCCAAUCCUAUGCCCAAUCCGGCUCCCAACCCAGUCCCCAAUCCGGCUCCCAAUCCAGAGCCUGCACCACAAUGGACCUGGGGACGCAAAUCCGUCAGAUGCUAUGAUUCAAGCGACUGCGACGGUGGUUUCUGCCGGCGAGCGUGGUAUAGCCCCGGAGCUGGAACAUGUGCUUAA